CUGGAGUUGCCUGUGCUGCUCUAUAUGCUCACAACAGAUCCUUGUCUGGGGCCAGAGGGCAGGAGGCCAUGCGCAAACACACAGACAGAGAGAUUAUGGUACCCAGCUACUCUUAGAAAGUAAAAAGAGAUUCGCUGUCCAUGUUUUUAUUGCUUGGCAGUCUUUGUUGAAAGAGAGCACUAGGACUUGUGUUGGCUCCUGAACAGCUUCCAGGUUCUUGGAUCACCUCAUCCUUAUUGUCAAACAUGGGGUGCUCCUCAUCCAGUGCACAGACUGUGGAUCAAGAGAAAAGACCGGGUACAAAGCCAGAAGAGAGCAAUGGAGACACAGCAGGAGUCAGAAAUGGUAUCAUCGCAGAAGAUGCACAAACCAUCGAGGACCAGAUGCAGCUGCCUGUGCAGACUGCCUUACCAGAUGAUCUUCAACCAGGAACUGAUGAUGAGGCUGUGUUAGUGGCCCUGGAGGCCCAGCAGGAUCUUGGCUCUGGAGAGGACCUUCUGGCUGCUAUGGAACCACAGCCAGAACCUGCUGCUCCUGAAGAGCCAGCUCUAGAGGCUCCAGCUGCUGCUCCAGCAGUGGUCUCCCCUGAAACUGAGGCUGCUGUUGUGGCAGUGGAGGCAUUAACCCCAGGGGAGGAAGCUGCUCCUGUAGAAACUGUAGUGACUGAGGCCACACCUGAGGUCAAAGAGGAGUCUCCUGCUGUUGACUCUGUUGUAUUGGAGCAGGCAGAGGCCCCUGAAUUUGUUGAGGAGGUUUCUGUUGUGCCGGUUGAGGCCUCCCCUGAACCCUCUACCCCUGCCAUUGAACCUGUAUCUGAGCCAGCAGAGGCCCGAGUGGUGGUGGAGGAGGCAGCAACUGAGGUCGCUGAGGGCCCUGCAGAAGUUUCUUCUCCUGUGGAGGCAGAGGCUCCACCUGACGAUGCAGCAGCAGAGACUUCUUUAGCAACACCAACUGAAUCCUCAGGUGAAAUUUCAGCACCAGCACCAACUGAGACUGCAGCACCAAAUGAAACUGUCGAACCUGCUGUGGCUUCAGCCCCAACUGAUGCUGCAGCCCAAGGCGAAGCUGUAGAACCAGUUGAGGCUGCAAUACCAGCACCAACUGAGGCUGCAGCCCCAGGCAACACUGUAGAACCAGCUGAGGCUGUAGUACCAGCACCAACUGAGGCUGCAGCACCAGGCGAAGCUGUAGAACCAGCUGAGGCUCCAGUACCAGCACCAGCUGAGGCUGCAGCACCAGCACCAGCUGAGGCUUCAGUACCAGCACCAACUGAGGCUGCAGUACCAGCACCAACUGAGGCUUCAGUACCAGCACCAACUGAGGCUGCAGUACCAGCACCAACUGAGGCUGCAGUACUGGCACCAACUGAGGCUGCAGCACCAGCAACAACUGAGGCUGCAGCACCAGCACCAGCUGAGGCUGCAGCUCCAAGCGAAGCUGUAGAACCAGCUGAGGCUCCAGUACCAGCACCAGCUGAGGCUGCAGCACCAGCACCAACUGAGGCUUCAGUACCAGCACCAACUGAGGCUGCAGUACCAGCACCAACUGAGGCUGCAGUACUGGCACCAACUGAGGCUGCAGCACUUGCACCAACUGAGGCUGCAGCACCAACUGAGACUGCAGCCCCAGACGAAGCUGUAGAACCAACUGAGGCUUCAGCACCAAGUGAAUCUUCAGCUCCUGUAGAGGCUGCAGAGCCUGUAAUAGACACUGAGAUUGCUGUGGCCACUAUUCCAGAGUUGCCUCCACUAUCUCCUGUCACAGAUAAAGCAAGCACUGGGACUCAGCCAGCUGCUACUGCCCCCCCAGCUGAGGGAACCUGCCCCACAGAGGUAAUCCCUGCUUUGGCUCCACAAGCUGAAUCUGCUACUGCUGAAUCUGUCCAAACGGCAGAGGUAUCAGCGCCCAAACCAGCCGUUUCAGAGCUGCCCGCAGAAGUAACCCCUGAAGCUUUACCAGCAACUGUGACCUCUGAGUGCAAGGUGGACAACGCAGCUGCAGCCCCUGUGGCUGACCCAGCCCCUGAAGCAGCAUCCUCAGGAGCUACAGAGAGCAAGAUAACCAAAGAAGGUUGAGUUGAUGGAAGAAAUCUACCAAAUAAUGAAAACUCCCUAUAACCUACAAAUUCAAUGUGAACUGGAAGGAAAGAAAGACAAAGCGACCAAACAAACACUACAUUUACAGGAUUGUCUCAUUAGCUCUCACCAAACCAAACUACACCAGAUACAUUAAUAUGAAAUGUGCCUUGUCUUUUAGGAAAAGAUCAGGAUUUUUCCUAACUUUUGUAAAUAAUAAACCUUCAUGGUUAGUUUUCCUACUGAGACCGGAAGUGCCUUGAGCCAAGUGUGGGCUUAUAUAUGCAAUUAAUCCCAGGUAAAAUGACAGGACGGUGCAAUACAGUGUUAAGUUUGCGAACUCUGCUUUAGCUACAGCGGCUGUCGGGAAAGUAACUGCAUCUGAGGAAUACAAGCCAAACACAACUGUGAAUGAAAUUCUGCAAAGAGAUUGCGGUAACACCAAAGUGUCAUGAUUUUAAAAUGACCACAUUUUCACAGAUUGAAUUUUAACUGUUUCUGAAAUGUAUGUUCUACCCCUUGUACUCAAUUUUAAUUCCCACCUUUCUAAUGAUGAUAAUUUGAUUAAUGGAAAUGUCAGUACUAAGUGUUGAGUGUACAGAGUAAUAAAGCUAAGGACUGGAGUCAAAUCCAUGCAUUCUUAAAAAAUCUAUCACUUUUUAGUUUACAUUGAGAAAGCUUGAAUAAAUGCGUUUUGUAUGGGAAUACACAUACACACAUGCAAAUGUUGAGAAUGUAGAUAAUCCAGGUAUUAAUAUAACAGCUUGCCAUUUGUACAGCUGCACUAUACCUGGCAGAUGUUCAUACAAUUCUCUCCCAGAAAAAUAAGGGCAUUUCCAACAUUUAAAAAUGUCUCGAGGCCUGGCAACUCUGGUGUACUGUUUCUGCUCUGAUUUAUUUUUUUCUCUUGGUGAAUGUGUACCACAGUAAGAGAUCACUUAGUGGACAUUUUAUCCAAACUCUGCAUACUGUGUAGAUCAAGGUAUUCUGAAACUAUUUGAAUUGCAUAAGAUGUGAAGAACUCUAUUGCAACAAAAAUUUAGAUGUCGGAUAUCUUCAUCUGUGUCUUCCUGUGUUAUGUAUUCCUUUUCUGAGCUGUCUGUGAUUCUGCUAACCUCUUAGUGUACAGAAUAAAGUUUUACUUACUAAUACAUGCGUUGUUGUUUUUAACUGAAGUUGGACUGUGUUAUUUACUUUGCAUAAAAGCUGCCUCACUUUC